GAGGGCAGCUAUCGUGGCAAUAGACGCGACAUGACAAACUAUGGACAGCGGGACAACUACAGACUACGGCGUAGUGUAAAACGUCCCGAAAUGAGCAACAAGAAUAAUAAUAACAACAAUAACAACAACAACAACAACAACAACAGUAGCGAGGCCGGACAGUGUUUGUCGUACUGUUUCUUCGAGGAACUAAAUAUAGUAGAUGGCAACGGUUUUCCAGACAGGCGCAAACUAAGCUAUAUGCUGACCAAGGAUAUACGGGAGCGCGAGCUUCGAAACUUUUAUAUGGACACGGUGCAGCAGUGCUUCCGGUAUGUGGACAAUUAUCGCCACAACAAGUGUGCCCAGUCCCGAGAGCUAAUCAAAUGCAUGACGGAGUAUGCAAAGGCCCAGUGCGAUGAUUGGGAGGAGUAUAAAAAUAUGUUAUUUAAUUAGCACUGCAUACAUAUGUACGUACACCACUCUUUAGGUCCUCGACGCGUUCUAGAAAGCGCUCGUGGUUGUCUUUUAUAGCACGUUCGGUGGUCUCCUCCACUUGAUAGAACACACACUCUAGCUCCUCUUGCCGGUCCGCAUGCAUGGCUUUGAA